ACAACCGAGACGACGACGACCGGCGCGACGACGACGGCGGACGCGACGGCAACGACAACGGCGGCGGCUGGCCGUUCUCGUACGGCAGUCGCGAGCUCGAUAGCGAGCUAGUCGCACGUUGACUCGCAUCCAGCGAAUAAUCGGUGUCUGUUACGCCACGCUGCAAUAAGACAGAGAGAGAGAAAGAGAGACGGAGUGAGCCGCACGAGGUCUCCCACGCGAACGUGGGGAUUACAUGUGGCGGUUGUAACGGACAGACAGUCGUGCGAGACUCGCUGCGACACGCACGUGGCACGCAUCGUCAUCGGCCAUGGACAGCAGUCAUGUGGCGUACAGCCCGGGCGGGCUCGCGAAAUUGUCGACGCUCCUGGGCGCCCCGGAGGCCGCUCUACGUCUCCUCGUCUCGAUCCUGUUGGGAUUCCCUGUUGCGCUUCUUCAUAGAUACACCCUCUAUGGUAAAGAUCCCAUUCGGCAGCAUAUGUUUUUCAUCGCUUGUGGUCUCUCAAUUGGUUACUGGAAUUACGACCUGAACAUACUCCAUUCAUCGACGGCGGUAUGUGCGACGUAUCUCAUUUUAACGAUCCUCGGAAGCACCGGACUAUCCGUCAUAAUAACAUUAUUGUUCAACAUGACGUAUCUACUUUACGGUUACUACACCACCAGCACUGAAGAUUACGACAUCAAAUGGACAAUGCCACAAUGCGUGUUGACACUCAGACUAAUAGGACUCACGUUUAACUUGUGGGAUGGUCAGAAACGUGACGAAGAGUUGUCCGACAGCCAGAAACGAGUGGUCUUGAAGGAACGGCCGUCCCUGUUAGAGAUCGCGGCGUACGCUUACUUUCCGGGCGCAUUCCUGAUCGGGCCGCAGUUCAGUAUGCGACGUUACUUGGACUUCGUCGACGGUCAACUGACAGAACGUGAUCCACAAACCGGUGCCGUCAAACUGCCGGAUUGCGUGUGGGCGGGAUUGUCGCGAGCUCUCAUCGGAUUCGUGUACGUGGCGGUGUUUCAAAUCGGGACGCUCUACGUUUCCGAUCAAUAUCUCUUUGAGCCGGCGUUCCAGAAGAAAAACUUAAUCAAGAAAUUAUUGCUCGUCGGCCUCUGGGGUCGGAUUAAUCUUUAUAAAUACGUCAGCUGCUGGCUGAUCACGGAAGGGGUGUGCAUCACUUUCGGUCUAACCUACAACGGGAAGGACGACGAGGGUCGUAUAAAGUGGGAUGGUUGCGCGAACGUGAAGCUACGGACGUUCGAAACUGCCACGCAGAUGCACCAUUACAUUCUCUCAUUUAACACCAACACUAAUAACUGGUGCGCGGAGUAUAUCUACAAGAGGGUGAAAUUUCUAGGAUCAAAAAUAUACAGCCAGAUAGUGACAUUGCUCUUUCUCGCUCUAUGGCAUGGUCUCCACUCUGGAUAUUAUCACUGUUUCUUCAUGGAGUUCGUCGUGACAUACUUCGAGCGAGACAUCGGACCAGUGUUGAAGAACAGCGAGAAAGUACAAACGAUGCUGAAGACCCGCUGGGAGGCGCGUGUUCUCGCCUGGAUCUUUUUGAAGCUUUACACCUUCAUCACCAUGGGAUACGUCCUCUUGGCGUUCGUACUGCUCUCUUACCCGCGUUACAACUACGUACACGCCAGUUUGUAUUACCUCGGACAUGUGUUCUUCCUUUCUUAUCCGUUGCUCGCGCCGUUCAUCAAACGGCUGCUGGGCCACAGACACGCGGGGCGUCGGUCGCACGAAGAAUAAGGCGAUAUGAUCUCUCUCUUUUGCGCCGAUAUUAUUAUUGAAGCAUUGCCCUGUUGCGUCGCUCGCUUGCGAAACGAUAUCCAAGAAGGACGUAUAAUUGCGAAAAAGGACGGACAUUGGUUAUACAGUGUUGCGUUACUCAUAGUCUUCGUCGUCGGAAAGAAUGUGAUAACGCAUAUCUAACAGGAGAUAAUAUAUAUACCGGAACAUCGUACGGUCACUAUUAUCGCAUUUCGUAUCAGUUAUGAAUUCUUUGAAGCAUUAUUUUUUUUCUCGACAAAAAUGCCAUUGUAUACGGUAUCUUUGUCAAUGACCUUUCGAUUGUUAUUAUCGGAUAUUUUGGCAAUUACGAGUCGAGAGUGAAGAUCCUUGAGUGACGUCCGUCGCUCACACGAAAUAUGGUAUUGAUGGAAUGGUUGUAUUCUGUAUGUGUGUGUGUAUGUGUGAGUGAGAGUGAGUAAGAGUAAUGUACAACUGAGGAUUCACAAACUCUGACGCGUUCUUUCGCGAGGAAAUUCCGCUGGUCGGGAAUUGUGUGCGUAUAUGUGUACGUGUGUGUAUACGUGGGCUUGUAUACUUGGACGUUUCUCAGUCUCAAUUUCACAGCACCUAUAUUCGAAAAAAAAAAAAAAAUCCAGCGACACGUGAUAAGACAAUUCCAAAUAUCUCGUUAUUCUUGUACAGUAAUUUUUUUUUGAAUACCCAGUAGUAUUUAGCUAAGUUUGUUUUGAAGUUCUAUUGUACUGGUUGCGGUGUUAUCCUUUGAAUUUUCGAAUAGUGCACAAUAACAGUCACGCGUUUUUACGCGUGUCAUUUUGCUUAGCGAUAAGGAUGAAUAGUAGCUCAUGAUACUCGCAGCAGUAUCAUACAGGCUAGUCAGGCGUUCCAAUAUUCCGAAAAAGAGGAGAAAAAAUACGUUGAAAGAGAACAGAGCAACUACGUGUACUUAGGUGUCGCGAUAAGAAUGGCGAACGUCCAGUCACCGAAGUAUUAAGUUUAGGGCAAUCGCGUCACGAAGUAUCGUUACGUCGUUUUCUAAGUGCGAAAUAAGAAGAAGAGAAAUAAUCAUAGCGCAAAUUGUUACAGCCAGGUAAGUACGCGCGCGCAUAGUUACGCGUACCGAAGAAAUAGAAGCGUCUAUUUUAUCGAUAGCGAUUUCUAAUUUUCAUUUGCAGUAUUUCGCAGUUUACCAACUACUAUAUCGCUCUAGAUGUAAAUACGACGGAGAGGGAGAUUCUAGUCGGUACCUUCUGUACAUACGAAAUGAUGAUUAAGACGUUGCUGAAAUUAAGGCCGGGAGAAAUGCUCAAGGAAGAAGAAUACAAUAUGCGAAAAAUAUUGAGACGUACAAGCGUGAAGAAGACGCUUGAAAGAAGAUGAAGAAAGGAAUACGUAACGGUUUAAAUUUCAACAACGUCCUACUGGUCACUCGGUAUACCUGCGUAUUCAUGUUCUAUAUAGCAUCAAGUGUACGGAGUAUCGUGAGAGGCAAUUCUCAAACCGUGUAUACGUUCGCAGUUGCGUAAAUUCUCGUAAAGAAGAGGAAAAAAAACUAACAACGACCUAUUCUCAUAUUGCGGCGGCCAUGUGGCUUUUAUCAUGCGCACAGUCCUUAUCACAGAUUAUAAACGCAUAAUCGGUAGCGGUUUAUAAGUGAAGAGCGUACAGAUACUGGUAUACCUUGCGAUCUCUCGAAACAUCCCGACGUGCGCGCUUAUUGAGCAAUCGAAUUGGAUUGACGGUAAUUAUUAAUAUUAAUAAUCGGUAGUACCGCUAUUUUUCGCCUAACGUCCGUCAUUUGUCGAUCAAAGAUACGACCAGUUUCUGACAUCUUCGACGAUAGUCACGUAUAGAUUUACGAAUUGCAACACGUUUUUAGAUAACCGAAUAAAUAAUACACGUAAGCAUAGGCAGGAUUUUUUUUUGUUUGUAUUUUGUUUUGUUUUUAGCACUGUGCAUACGCCUGGUUUCAAUAUAGUUCGGACAUUUCGGAAAACAACCAAUAGCAGCUAUCCAGUCCAACCAUUAAAUCACCUUUUGCCACGUUUCUUUAUAUGUUACUAGAAAAAUUCAUUAUCGUCUAAAAUGGGUCACUAUAGUCAUUUUUUUUUCCUAAACUGCCGUUAACAAAAUGUGGCGUUCUCUGUAUGUAUAUAUUUUCCGUCUCUCAACUGCUCCGAAAACGCGUCUGUAUAGUUCAUGCUCUUAAUUUUUUUUCCUAUGAACUUUCAAUCAUUGGUUAUUAUUAGUAUUAUGAAAAGAAUUCGCUACAUAUGUUAUCAAAAAAUAAAUCUUCCCGAGAGGGUAAGAAUAAGCAUUUUUUUCCCCCCUUAAAUGGCCUUACUCUCAGAAUUUGACAAAAAAAAAUGUAAUUUUUGGUUACUGUAUCGAUGUCAGAGGUCAUUUUUUGUAUCACCUUUUCUUCUAAAAAGCAGUCAUUAGUUCAUAUUUAUUUUUUUGUUCCGGUGAUUGGAGAGCAGCAAUAGUCUAACGAGAAAAUUUGUUUUUGAUCAACUCCCAGAAUUUGAGUUUUCUCAUCGAACAAUCGGCUACUUUCCGAACCACAAUGAGAGAAAAGUGCCGGAACCGUGUUGAAACCAGGUGUAUAUUGGUCGAUAGAAUUGAGGCUAUAGGACGAUUUCAACUGAUUUCCCCGGUGCGAUGUCGUCAUACUUAGAACUGAUAAGCGCGAACGCAUGAAUUCUGACGGUGUUUAAAAAUUGUCAAUCGUACGCGCUCAGCGUUAAUACGAAACAUCGUCGAUAAGUAUGUCGUUCCCCCCCUUCUGAGUAUCUCAGCAUCCUACGUUAACAUUAACGUAGAAAGACGCGAGACGUGUCGCCCGAUUGAAAGAUAAGAGCAAAACGUCUCGACGCGAUGCGUAAAGAGUCUGUGUAUGAAAAGGCAGGAUAACAUUAGCGAGUUAAUUAUGCUGGAUGUUGUUUGAUAUAAAAAAAUGUAUUUUUUUCAAUUAUUUUCUUAAAAGAUACAUACAAAAAGAGA